GCGCACGUUCAAAGCUCCCUCCUUUUUCUCCAGUCACUAUAAACGUUAAAAAACGAAAAAAGCCCAAUUCGCCGAAGCUCUCUCUCUCUCUCUCUCCGCCCUUUUCCGCAAACCCUAAAUCCAUUUAAAAGUGGUUGUUGUCGAUCUGAUUCGCCCAAACUGGUGUGCUCGGAGGUAGAGUAUGCGCGAUUGCGGAGGAGAUUUUGCGAAUUCUCGCACAGUUUUGAGGCUUUGGAGAAGUGUUUAGGGUUAGGGUUUCGAUGGGGGAGGGGAUGAUCCCGUUGGCGGUGCUGCUGAAGCGGGAGCUCUCGAACGAGCGGGUGGAGAAGCCGGAUUUGCUGUACGGACAAGCGAACCAGAGCAAGAAGGGAGAGGAUUUCACCUUCUUGAAGGCCGAGUGCCAGCGUGUAGCUGGGAACAGCUCCACCACCUUCUCCGUGUUUGUGCUCUUUGAUGGACAUAAUGGCUCUGCAGCUGCAAUAUACUCCAAGGAGAAUCUCUUAAGCAAUGUUUUGUGUGCUAUUCCUCCAAAUCUCAGCAGGGAGGAAUGGAUAGCAGCAUUGCCAAGAGCGCUAGUAGCAGGCUUUGUCAAAACGGAUAAAGAUUUUCAGGAGAAAGCAUGUAAAUCAGGAACAACUGCGACGAUUGUCAUUAUUGAUGGAUGGGUUGUUACUGUAGCAUCUGUUGGUGAUUCACGCUGUAUACUUGAAUCUGCAGAAGGUUCAGUUUAUUUUUUGUCGACAGAUCACCGGUUGGAAGUUAAUGAGGAGGAGGUAGAACGUAUAACAGCCAGUGGCGGAGAAGUUGGGAGGAUAAAUAUUGCUGGUGGUGCUGAGGUUGGUCCUCUUAGGUGCUGGCCAGGUGGCCUGUGUCUAUCAAGAUCAAUUGGAGAUGUGGAUGUUGGGGAAUUUAUUGUUCCAAUUCCUCACGUGAAACAAGUCAAGUUGUCAAAUGCUGGAGGACGCCUCGUCAUCUCAAGUGAUGGUGUGUGGGAUGCUUUGACCUGUGAGAAGGCUCUCAGUUGUUGUUGGGGUUUACCAGCCGAAGCCGCAGCUUCUCGAAUUGUCAGGGAAGCUUUAAAAGCAAAAGGACUUCACGACGAUAUUACCUGUAUUGUGGUUGAUAUUUUACCACCAGAAAAGCUGAGCCCUCCACUGAAAAAGCCAGGAAAAGGGAGUCUCAAAUCUUUGUUCCGCAGAAAAUCAUGUGAGUCAUUUUCUGAGCCAUUGGAUAGAGGAUGUUCAGAACCAGAUGUGGUUGAGGAAAUAUUUGAGGAUGGGUCUGCAGUGCUUGCUGAACGGUUGAACACUGAAUAUCCGAUUAGCAAUAUGUUCAAGCUCUUCAUGUGCGCGGUUUGCCAGCUGGAGAUGAGACCGGGAGAGGGCAUCUCUUUGCGUGCUAGCUCACCGAAACCCUCGGGAGUCAGUCCCUGGGAUGGCCCUUUCCUUUGUUUAACUUGCCAAGCAAAAAAGGAAGCCAUGGAAGGAAAACCACCUUCCGGAAGUUGCGCAUCUAGAGUCUCAGCUACGAUCAAGUAGUAUCAGCGGUGUUGAAAUUAAUUAGACUCUGCUUCUUCGACAUCAUCACCCUGAUCUUACCCGACCAACCUACCGACAAAAGAUAUUCAACCUAUUAUUUUAUUCUUCAAUGACUUGGUGUGGUCGAUCUUGCACAGAAGCUGAUACAAUCGACUAAUUUUGUAAAUGCUGCAUUCAGUCUGAGAAGCAAUAUUCGGCCUUUUACCAGGGAAUUCUUUUCCGAAUAAGUUCCCUCUUUGUAAAGCAGGGUGCGAGAUAACCUGAUUCUUUGUAGGUGCCUUAUCAUGUUUGUAUAUAUCAUCAGUCGACCGUUCCCUAUGCGCUUUGUCCGUAUUGUGAGUGUAUUUGUUUGUUUGUUUGUUUUUUCUAUUCAUUUAAUUUUUUUCACAACCAACACAAAGUGAGAGUAAAGUGGUGGUUAUAAGAGACUCAAAUUAUUCAAUUGUUGAAGGCACUAUACAUGUGUAUUUCAGUUC